AUGUUGGCACUACGGUCUCUUGUGUUUUUAUUUGUUCUACCGUUUUUAGUGUCAGCAGAAUUUUACUCGUCCAAAGGCCAAGAUGAAUGGGAACGAAUCGUGGGGGGUACGAAGGCACCGAACGGCAGCGUUCCCUACCAAGUGUCGCUGAGGUGGUGGGGCGUUUGGCAUUUCUGUGGUGCCUCUUUGGUCACCCCGAGGGUCAUACUCACCGCAGCCCACUGCGUUCAAAGAGCGAGGCCCAUAUAUUUCAAAGCCGUAGUUGGUACAAACAUGCUUCGGGCCGGCGGCAAGGCUUACAGCAUUCGGAAAAUCGUCUACCAUGAGAACUACGAUGAUGAUGUCAUCAAGAAUGACAUAGCAAUACUGUUUACUGAUGAGGAAAUUGAGUUCAGCAGCACAGUUGACGCCAUAGAGUUGAAUGAUGAACCGGUGGAGAAGGGAGAAGAGUUGAAACUUACUGGUUGGGGUACUACAUCUUACCCAGGGCGACUCCCCAAUGAUCUCAUGCAGUUGGAUCUAAAGGCGAUCACCUACGAGGAGUGCAAGGAGGCCCACAAGAAUAUCAACGAAGUAUUCGAAACGCAGAUAUGUGCGUUGACCAAAGCCGGAGAAGGCGCAUGUCAUGGCGACUCCGGUGGACCUUUAGUGCGUGAAGGUCGACAAGUCGGCAUAGUAUCAUGGGGCAUACCCUGUGCUAGAGGCAAACCUGAUGUAUAUACUAAGGUGGAAUCAUUCAUGCGUUGGAUUGAGAAGACUCUAUACGACGACGACGAAGAUCACCUCAGGUUCCUGAACAAACGGAAAACAAACAAGCACUAGGAUCUAGACGGUUGCUAUGCAAUUUUGGAAUUUAAUGUAACUGUAUUAGAUUGCAUUUUGUUAUACACGAAGAUACCAUAUACUCAGAAUUAUAUUAUUGAUAA